AUGUCAUCGACGACUACGACGACCACAAACUCUGGUCCGACGCCAUCCAAAAAGCUGAAGACAGACGGCAAUGAAGUGGACAACGGAGAGGUGAAGAAUAACAAUAACCGACUCGACUCGAGCUCCGGCGCCGACCCUCUGGAGGACGAGUCCCGAGACUACGAUCCGGAGACCCAGAAGACGCUCGAAGAGAUCGACGCCACGCAGAAUGAGAUCGACUCUCUCAACGAAAAGGCUUCCGAAGAGAUCCUAAAAGUGGAACAAAAGUACAACAAAUUGCGAAAACCAUUCUUCGAGAAGAGAAACGAAUUGAUUGCAAAGAUUCCCAACUUCUGGGUGACGGCUGUGAGUAUUGACCACUCGUUUUGCCCAUUCGUGGGCCAUUUUGUAAAUCAUCCGCAAAUAUCCGCUAUUUUGGACGAAGACGAAGAGGAAUGUCUGCACUUCUUGUCGAAGUUGGAAGUGGAAGAGUUCGAAGAUAUAAAGUCUGGCUAUAGAAUCAAAUUCUAUUUCGACGAAAACCCAUACUUUGAAAAUGAUCUCUUGGAGAAGGAAUUCCAUUUAGGGGCCGGAGGAGAUCCCGCGUCGAAGUCGACUCAAAUCAAAUGGAGAGAAGGCUCUGAUCUGUCGAAACGACUUCAAGAGCAACAAAACGCGUACAAUAAGAAUGAGAACGAAUCAAAUGCGAAGAACUCGCGGAAGCGACAGAUGGAGUUCCCGCGAACGUUCUUCACGUGGUUCACAGAUCACGGCGACGCCAGCGCUGACGAUAUCGCUGAAGUGAUUAAGGACGACAUGUGGCCGAAUCCGCUGCAGUACUUCCUCGUACCCGACAUUGAGGUCGAGAACGGAGGCCUCGACGGAGAGGACGGCGAAGACGACUCCGAUGAGGACGAGAACGACGAGUCGGUGGUUGUGGUCGAGGAGGAGGACGACGACGGGGCCGAUGACGAGGAGGAUGUGGACGACGAAGAGAUCUAUGAGGGAGAAGAGGGCGAUGAGGGAGAGGCCGGUGUUGACGACGACGACGAGGAUCCCGAAGGAGAGGCGGAAUAA